AUGGAAGACUAUGGAAUUUUCGGAGAUAUAGUGGUUUUUGACACAACCUAUAGAACAAACAGGUAUAACCUAAUUUGUGCUCCAAUAGUUGGAAUAAACAACCACUGGAACAAUUGCAUGUUUGGUUGUGCAUUCAUAGGAGAUGAAAAGAUUGAGUCGUUUGUGUGGCUUCUACAAACUUUCAAAAAGUCAAUGGGAGGAAAAAGUCCAAUAUCAAUCUUUACAGAUCAAGAUGCAGCAAUGAACAAUGCCAUCAAUCAGGUCUUUCCAGAUUCAAGACAUAGAUUAUGUGUAUGGCAUUUGCAUCAGAAUGCUAUUACCAGAUUUGGGGCAUUGAAACGAGAUCCAACUUUUAAGAAGACAUUCAACUAUUGCUUGUAUAAGUGUGUCAUAGUAGUUGAAUUUGAAACCAAUCGGAGAUCAAUGCUGCAACAAUAUGAGCUGAUAGGGGAAGAGUGGUUAACAAAUGUAUACGAUUUGAGAGAAAAAUGGUGCCCUGCGCUAAGCAAAGACUUCUUUUCAGCUGGGAUUUUUUCUUCACAACGAAGUGAAAGCACUAAUCACGCCAUCGAAUUUAGAGCAAACAGAACAACAAGUUUAACUGAUUUCUAUAGAUUGUUCAAAGGUACAAUACAACGUUGGAGAAGUACAGAAAAGCAAGCUGAAUUCUCUUGUAGUAAAUCGGUUCCAUCCUCGGCUUUACCACUAUCUGGAUUGCUGAAACAUGCAUCAGAAGUUUACACGUUGUCACUAUUCAGAGACUUUGAGGAGGAAUUUGGAUAUUCAAUUGCAACAACAGCAAAAUUAAUUUGGAAACAAGAAAAUACUGAGUUCUAUGUUGUGUCUAUUGAUGAAGAACCUUGGUCUGCACAGAGAGUAACAUACAUCCACGAGAGCCAAACAGUAUCAUGUACGUGUAAAAACUUUGAAGCUUCGGGAUGGUUGUGCUACCACUGCAUUAGGAUAUUGCACCUUCAUUCGGUUAACCGGAUUCCAGAACAGUACAUCAAAAAGAGGUGGACAAAAUCUGCCAAGUCAUCAGUUUGGAAUAAAUUAGAAAAUGAAAAACCAGAAGAGGUGCAGUACACACCUUGGCGCCAAACCAUGGCUAGGAAAUACUACAACCUUAUCUUGAAAAGCCAGUCAAAUGAGGAGACAAGAACCCUUAUGGAGGAUGGUUAUGCCGCUAGUGUGUCUCUGGUUGAUGAACUUCUAGCGUCAUUAAAUGUUUCAAACACUGACGACGCUUCAACCACAGAAACAAGUGAAACAUCAGCACCUGAAACAAGUGCAACAGCAGCACCUGAAACAAAUGCAACAACAGCAUAUGAAACAAACUCAGCACCAGCAGGUACUCAUGCAACAAUAACAAGUGAUACAAGUGUACAACAAGCAACAAGUUCUGAACCUGCAACAAACACAGCAACUGAACCUCCUAUGGUGUUGGAUCCUGAACGUUGCACAACAAAAGGAAGGAACAAAAGACCACGAGGACCGUUUGUCAAAAAGAAGAAGGGAAAAACUGCAGCGCCUCCAACAGCAGACUUUGGAACAAUAACUCCAAAUUUGAGAUUAUUUUGA